GUAAUGUUCUCUAUAUUAAAAUCUAACACGAGACACGAGCAGUUCUAACAUUUAUCGAAGCGAAUUCUUCUAACAUAGCCUUAGUAUCUGUGCACCUUACAUGCACGUGUACCACUUCUCGGGAAAACUUCUAAAAAGAGCGUUAUGAUCGGUUUUGGAGCUACGAGGGACUGGUAUACAGAAAUGGCUUUACAUCCGCCAGUUGCCGAUAUUACUAAUGCCGUGACUCACGAGUUCAGAUUCGGGCUUAAACUCCUACUUCCGCUUGAUCUGCGCUCCCUUAGCUCUUCCACACUACUACAUUCCCGACCAAUCUUUCAUACAGCAUGAAACAAAAAUGUUAUGUGAUACUGGGAUUUAUUGCCACCAGAAUGCUGUGUUCAGCUGUUACAGUUCCCCAAUUUGAUCUGACAAUUAUAGCGGGAAGUAGCGGGAAAUUUGUCGUCAAGGCUGUAAUAGAAAAGAUUUUCAAUGUAUUCGGGGAUGAUAAAGGUUUACUUCGACGAAUGGCUUGUACGUCGGCUAACAUGCCCGCCGAUAUGGCUGUCCCGUCUGGCGGUUUAUGGAAGGUUCCUGCAGCGACGUUUGAGCGGACCAAACAUACAGACCACUAUCCAAAUUUAACCCAUUACCACCAGCUGAUCGAAUCCAAUUUUGGCUUCGAAUGGGCGGACCAGGAAUGGAACGAUCUCGAUGUCCCGCUGAAGUCCGGCCUGGCAGCACGCCUGGCGUUGACCUUUGGAGAAGCUGACCAUCAAAACAUUCCCGACAACCUGAUCGACCAAGCAAAUUAUCUCACCAGAUAUUUCGACUCUUCCACGACCGAUCAAGAAAAACUUUACAAUAUGCAUGACUGCAUCCGUCCAUACCAGUGCAUCGGGCGCGCUGCAGUAUGUUUUACGAUGGAUAAACCGCAAAAUACGGGAGAAGAUGACCGUCAACGCUACCGAAAUUUUGCUCAGAACCUACUCGACGCAAUUGGCAAUGAAGUACAAUCGGAUGUGGCUGUCUAUUCAGCAGGAGUUCACUCUAUUGCGCUGCUCGACGAUUCCGAUGCGGAAUCCCAGUCAUCACACAUGCAGGAUGGGGAGCACGCGAUCAACGCAGUUAACAAAUGCGUCUCAGCGCUGAAGCAGUAUAAACCGCAAAAGACCGGUGUUCCGCAAGUGAUCCUAUUGCUGACCGAUAAAGCCGCCGAUGCCGGAAAUGUGCGCAAGGAUAUCGUGCACAGCGCCGGCUUUGGCCCCGAGGAAAUUACGGUGUUCGUGGUGGCUGUUGGAUUCCCCUACAAGAGCGAUGAUCUGCUGCAUAUCACCGAACACCGGGAGAAUCGGAUAUUUACGUUGAUAACUACAACCAUUUGGCGGAGCGAAUUUCGCAGAUUAGCGAAUCGGUGUGCUCCGUACCGCAGAAUCUGCAUGUCGGCCAAAGCGUCGAGGACGUUGUGCAAAAGGACCAAAGCCGCGUUUACCGGCUAAGCGUUCUGUUUGGAUUUUUAGUUGAAUUUCGUAUCGAGACGAUGAAGGGGAAGGUCAAGGCUUAUUUCACGUAUGACUCUGAAACCCCAUCAGCUGCUGUUUUCGAUGGAGCAGGCGAACAGAGAAUUGUCAUUCCACCAAAUCCCAAACUGCAACUCCUAAGCCGCAGAAAAAGAAUGACGCCUUCUGACCAUUACACAUUCCCACAAUCGUACGUGUACAUCAGCGUUUACGGAGUGGACGAAGAAAAUGCUUAUCGAUUCAAGGAUCAUUUGCACAUUACCAUGGGUCCAUACAACUCGGCUGCCGUAACGGCUAGUUUGCCAACAACUGUCUUUCUAAUCUUCCUUCCGUUCAUAGUUGCUUCACUUGCUUGAAAUGAUGUCUAAAUAGAUAGGCUAAAAACUGCAACUUUUGAACAUCUGCAUCAGCAUUCCUUAGUGUAAAUUUUAAUGUGCCUGCAGAUUUUUGAUUUAAACUAACAAAUUCCAACAGUGCGUGUUAUGGGCACAGUCUGAUCCAACGCAAACUGGGAUUAGUAUUUUUUAGAUUUUGCUCCCUAACUAACUGCCAUUUUGCCAAACUGUAUUAAAUAAAUAAAUCAUUAAUUUUAUGGCCCUUAUCGAGUAGUUGAA